AUGUUUCAAUCCUCCAAACCGUAUUCGGCAGUGACCGUACAAAUUGAGGUCCUUACGAGCGAGCAAUAUGAGGUCGAUGACUGGAGCGGUAUUGUCGAUCUUGUGGAAGUGGUUCGCAUCCAGGCCAGCGGCCCAAUGGAAGCAAGCCGCGCUCUUCGCAAAAAGCUAAAAUACGGCAAUAUCCAUCGACAAUUGCGCGCGCUUACUAUUCUCGACUUCCUAGUUCAAAAUGCAGGAGAACGUUUCUUGCGCGAUUUCGCCGAUGAGGCAUUGCUCGAGCGUUUGCGAAUUGCAGCUACUGAUUCCGUUUCCGAUCCGCUCGUGAAACAGAAAUGCAAACAGAUUUUUGGACAAUGGGCGGCAACUUAUAAAGACACCCCUGGCAUGGCGAAGGUCACAGCGCUAUACAAGCAGCUCCCCAAGCGAAAGCAGCCUGCGACGCAGGCAAAGGCUAAGGUUCUCCGCGAGGGCUCGGCUGCGAGUCCAAACGAGCCCCAGAUGGGUCAUAUUGUAUCCGUGUCAGGUGGCAGUGGACCAUCGACUUUGCUGAGCGGCCCCAAACAAAAGUCCAAGAAAGUCAAGAAAGAAAAGAAACUCUCAAUUAGCGGCAGAAGGUUUGAUUUGGAAAAGGAGCGCCCGGAGAUCUUGCAAGCACUUGCUGCCUCGUCCGUUGCUAGCACCAACCUGUUGAAUGCACUUAAACUCGUCAAUCGCGAAACGCACCGAGUUAGUGAGGAUGCGGAAUGCAUCAGCCGAUUCGAGACCUGCAAGCAGCUUCGCCAUGGGAUUCUUCGAUAUAUCCAGUACAUAGAAACCGAAGAGUUCCUGGGCGGCCUGAUCCAUGCAAAUGACGAGCUAGUGGAUGCAUUAAUGGCAUUCGAGGUGCUUGACAAGAGCGUGGACUAUGACAGCGAUAGUGAGGACGAGAUGUUGGAAGGCAAUUGGAAGCAACGACACGGCCUUGGAAUGCAUGGCAUGGACGUGAAUGACGGCCUUGCUGGGCUGAAUAUCAAUUCUUCAAAGCCGGCAAGGCCGAAUCGUCCUGAUAGCCUCCCCGUUGUAUCUUCAUCGCAACACACACGCCAAAUCUUUGAGAGCGAGAGUGAGUCGGAAGAAGAGGAUGAUGAAGACAAUCCAUUUGGAGACAAGAAUGCUAUUAAGACCCCAGCUAUUGAGAAAUCUGGCCAUACUUGGUACGUCAUUACCCCGCUAUAUUACAUUUCGCGUUAUUAA